UUUUCUGCAAAUGAGCUGUGGGAAUAUAUUUUUUCAACAUGACGUGCUGAUGUUACUUUCUAUUGGUGAAUGAAAAAAUAUCAGAGAUCACAAUUAUCAUGAGAAAGAUAAAUACCCCGUUUAAAUUAACUAAUUGAUUUUUUGAUAAUGAAGUAGACAUAAUUAGUGAGAAUUCUGAGUGACUGCUGAUGAUACUGAACUCUGAGUUACUUAAACUUUAAGUUAAGUUAAAGUUAAAAAAAAAAAAAAAAAAAAAAGUAAUUAGUUACUUAUGCUUAUGACAAUGAAUUAAUGACACCACCGAUUUUGGCUUAGACUUAGUUACGACGUAUUUAGUGUACUUAUAGUGCAAGUGUUAAUGUUAGUGAUGUGAUGCAUUAGACAUUAGAAUUAGAAUUAGACAGCUAGAAAGAAAUCAAUGUCCAUUGUGGUCAAUUGACUACCAAGGCCAAGGUCUAUUUAAUUAGUAUUAGUUUUAUUGGAGUUGCCAAUCUAGUUCUAAUCUACUUCUACUAAUUAAGUCUACAUCGUCUACAUUCAUUCAUUAAUCUAAUAGAUUGUUGCCACCUUGAUAGGUUAUUAGACAGAUCAGCUGAUGCUCAAUCACUUAUACUUAUACAAACUAAGACUAAGACAGUAAAUGUAAAGUUAUGAGAAGCUGACUAAGGUAUCAGACAUUUGUCAUAAUAAUUUAAUAUAUUUGAUUUAAUUAUUUUAUUUGUACUACUUUAUUGCCAUCUCGGCUUCAUUUGAGUGAAGUUUUUCAAUUUUUUUCUGCAUUUUUUUGUUUUUACCAUCCUCCGUCUCUUUGACCACUGUUGUCCAAGAGGAAUGGUCAUAACAAUAUUGUAGAUGCUUUAGUCCACUUUCCUAGUGUGAUGUUAAGGCUGCAUCAUUGGCCAAUAGCAGUUCAUAAAUGAGAACCUUUGUCUUCACACUGAGGCAAGCAGUAUUGAACAACUGGCCAUCAGACCAGGUGUGGAUGUAAACUCAUUCUUCACCGAAGGACCAUUAAGAAGAAGAAGAUGGAAAAGAGUGUUGGUGCAAGGAAACAGCCAUGCUUGACUCUGCUGCUGAUUGGGAAUGACCCUGAGACUGCAUCAUUCAAGAUAACAUGGUUUCAUGGAAUGACAUGCUGAUAGGAGAACCAAGUUUAUCUGAACAAUCUACUCCAACUAACCAAGUACACUGCCUUUGUCAGGUCUACAGAUUCAAUAUAGAGAGACUUCUGCCCCCGGCAGCAUUAAUCCUAGCUAUACCACUGCUGAUUUUCCACUCUUGAGGACUGCCAUCACUUCCAGGGGCCGUCCAACUAGCAAGGCAGUCAAUGACUUUCUUGAGCUCUUCCAGAGUUUGCUCUGCAUUUAUAUCUAGUUCUUCCAUGAUUUGCAGGAUGAGGAUGGUGUCCUGUGCGGUUUCAGUGAAUACAUUUUUGUAGUGUAUAGCUCUAGAUAAAGCUUGACCUUAUACUGCAGCUGAUCCCUUAGAUUUUGAAUAGAGUGGAACUGUUGCCUCCUUGAUAAUUUCUAGCAUUUGUACACUGUUGCAAAGUCCAAUUGGUAUAAGUGUUGGUACAGUCUUGGUUAUUUUCUUGACAGUGCCGUUUAAACAAUCACAAAAAUUAUACAAUUUUUUCCCCAUCGCCCUUCUUUUUUUUUUUAAAACAGUUCCCUGGCAUUUCAAAUAGAAGAGGACUAGUGAUUGUUUGAAUACUCUAGCAAUGGCAUCAGCAUCAGGUGAUGAUGGCAAGGACUCAAGAAAGAGAAAUAAUGAAAAAGGUAAAUAAAUCAAUGUUGAACAAAUGUUAAUGUAUUAUUAUUAAAAUAAUGAAGCGCUCAUUUGGUUUUUGUUAAAGGAAAUCCAGUAAAAAAAUAAUUUUUGAUUGUAAGAUGUUACAGGGUAUUAAAGUAUAUGGGUUUAAAAUUAUUUAUUUUUCAAUGAUAACUGGAUGUCAUCAUCACUUAUAAUUUUUGUAAUCUUGUUAUGUUUGAAAUAUGUGAUGUGUUCAGGUCAUUAUUAAAGGAAGUUUACAAGUAUGCACUUUAGACUUUUUUGAUCACUUGUAAAAUGCUCUUCAAAGCUAGUAAGAGAAGAAUAGAGUCAACAGAAACAUGCUCUACAUAGGCAUGACAACAGCAUCCACAUGUUCUUACACAAAGGACAAGCCAGAUGGGCAGGACAUGUGAGAAUCCAAGACGGCAACAGCAGAUUUCCAAAACAACUAAUGUUCUGUGAACUUUCCAGAGGGAAACACUCAGCUGAUGGGCAAAAAAAAAAGCUUUAAAGAUUGUCUAAAAACUUCAUUAAAAUCCAUGGACAUGGACCUAAAUUUGUGGGUUAUAUGGAUUGUAAAAAUUAGCGAGGCAGACUCACUGUUGGCGCACAAUCUCCAGAAUAAAGGCACCUCUAACGCCCAAAGAAAUCACACUACAGAUUAAAAAAAAAAUUUACUUCAUUUUUGGUGCAUGCUUUUAGCUUUGGUUACAAUUUAUUUUCAACGAACAAACAGUGUGGUAUUUAAGAAGAAACUGUAUAUUGACUGAAGUUAAAUAUUGCUAAGAAAAACUAUUAAAUUUCAAUUACUUUUGAAGAUAGUGUUUAAUUUGACAUCAUCAUUUCCGUAAAUGGUAGAAAUGUGUUGGUGCUUGAAAGCAUAGGAGGUUCUUAUAAUGUCCCAUAUGGUAGGGUGCUUGUCUGGUUUGGAAUGUGAGGGGAAGGGGAAAAGUUAGAAAUUUAUGAAACACUUGAACAACAGAUAGACUGUAGCACAACAUGCUUUUCAUUCUUACUAGAGCAACAACGUGUAAUAUCUUCCACUUGUUAAUGUCUAAACAAACUUUGCUCUAGAUUUAUCAUUAUUUUGUAUUUUCAAAUUUUAAUUGUUGACAGUUAAUACUACGGGUGAAAAAAGUGGACCUGACACAAACCAAGAUCGUGAAAUAAGACAGCUUCCUAGUAACAUAAACACUGUUGAGGUUGAUCCCUUACAAGAGAUAGGUGCUUGUGCAUUGCCUGGUGAUAAAGAUAAUACUUCAGCAAAGUCAUUUAAUCCAGAGGAUGCAUUAGGUUCUUCAUCUCUCUCUUUGGACUCAAUUGAUAGAUUACAUAUCAGUGAUGCUAAUGUAAAUCAAGGUAUAAUGCAUUUUUCACUCAUUCAAUUUGUUGAUAUAGAAUUUAUAUUUUAACUACAUUGGUAAUGUAGGCCUAAAUAAAAUAUUUCUUAAUUUUGAGGUUGACAACGUUUUAAUAUUUUAGGCCUUACAUUACAUUGAUGUGUUUCAAGGUCAAGAUAUUUUUAAAAUGAAAUUUCAACAGUACUCAACUUUUUGGUAUGUAAGUACAAGGAAAAUUAAAAUUUAAAAUUAAAUUGGCUGACAGAUUAUAUUAAUUUUUUUCAGUUAGUUCAAAUCAGUUAGUGACAGACUUUGGCAUAUCAACCAGAAUCAAUCCAAGUGCCUCUUCAAUUGGUUAGUAUAAAGAGUUAUAAAAUGCAAAAAAUUUUGAAAAAUAAUUGAAGCAUUAUGUAUGGUAUUUGAAUUUCCCUAUUUUUAGGCAUAUGUUUUUAAAAAAAAUUACUAUAAAUAUAAUAAAAAUUACUAUUACAUGAAUUUACUUUUUAUUUUUACUUACUUUGAUAUAAAUUAGGUGUGAUAAACAUAAUUAUUUCAAUAUAUAAAUUUAUUUAUGCACCUCCCCAUAGGUGAUACAACACAAGAUAUUUCAUUGGCUUCAAGAAACUCGGGACGAGUGGCUCAACAUUAUAAUUUGCAAAGUUGCGCAACGUCAUCAGGACUCAGUUCUGAGAGUCUAGGCAUCAACCCCAGCAGUAGUCCAUUGGCCAUGUAACUUUUGAUUUAAUCUUUUAAAAAAAAAUUACUUUACAAUAAUUACAACCUUUUAUACAUGUUAAUAAUAUAUAGCACUAUGAUGAAAAUUACUUAAUUUUUGUAUACACAUCUAGUUGACCGCUAUGUUCAAGGUGCAUUUUUUUAAAUAAUCCACCUAAAAAUAUCUUGAUUGUGCAUAAUCUUGACAUUUUUCAUAAAUGAAAUUAUUGUUUGAGUUACUUUUGAAAUGUUAAAAAAGUACUAUAUGGUACAAUGAUUGAGCUUUAAGUUGAAGCCACUAGGAUUACUGUCAGUUUGAAGCUUUCUACUUUAAAUCAAAGAUUAUUACAUUUUUUUUUAUACAGAGGAAACAUGUAUUUAGACAAACCACCAUGGGGCCAAUCAUUAUGUUACAAUUACAAAAAUAAGUCAAAUAGCCCUUCUCUGUUGCACUCGUAGCCUGUACACUUUUGGAAUCAUCCUCUGAGUACAAGAUAAACAACCCCCACCCCCCCAAACCGAAGACACCACCACCACCAUCAGUUAGAAAUUAUUUAUGACAUACACAGCAAUAAAACGAAGUUUCUGUAAACUGUGUAAAAAAUUAUGUCACAUGUUUUCUCCACUGUCUGUUUUGGGGUAGCACAGUAUUUUUCCAGGGUGGUGUUUAGGAAUACAACCUUUUAUUCAGCCAAACAAAAUAAUUAUGUGGCAAAUUCUGUCACAUUCACAGAAACAUUCCAAAGCGUACAUUGGACUAAAUUCUUUACUAACUGUUACUGUUGUGAUGUCUAGCAAGGUCAUUUGUGAAAAGAGAAAGCAACAUUAUGGCAAUAAUUUAAAGACUGUGCUUUGGUAAUUUUACAGCCUUGGAAAAUAAUAAAUUGUGGAUUUCACAGUAUGGCAUGCUAUCUAUGUACUGUCGGGAUAAGGCCUGAUGUUAUGUACAUACACAUUCUGCUCAGACCUUCCCCUUGCCCCACCCCCCACACACACACACACAAUUUUUUUUCAAUGUAGAUGUAAUAUAUGGAUGGCACCUAAGAGAGCAAAACCAAUGUUGUCUAAUUAUCUUGUUAUAAGGCUUUGAUUACACUGAAUGAAAAAAAUUAAUAAAAUAUGUUAAUAUAAAUUACCAAUAUAUUCAAUCAUUAAAGCCAGCUAGCCUUAGUUUUGGUAUCAGUUAUAGGUAAAAAUAAAAAGGAGCAUUGAAAUAGGAAAUAUAAACGUAUUAUUAUGAAGUAAUGAUUAAAUGGCAGUAUUUGAAAAAUGUUUACAAAAACUUAAAUAACUAAAAUUGGCUUUAGGAUGUUAGAAAGUUAUCUCCUAUUAAGGUUAUAAGAAACAUUUUACAUUAAACUUAAAUAAUGCUUUUUAAAUAUAAUUCAGGAAUAUUCCAGUUUCAAUUGAUGGCCAACGAAUGAAAAACACAGAAAUCCCAGUUGGUAUGGCUGAGAGGCAAAUGUCAUUUCAGAGUGUGCAGAGUUGUCUUCAAAGUCUUCCAGGUAUCCACAAUGAUUUUCUACAGCAGAAGGGGGCUUAUGCACAAGGAGCUGAUUCUUACCGUGAGGCACAAUUCAGCACAAAUGGUGGAGCAUCUCCAUCGACUCAGCGUUUCCAGUCUUUAGAUGGUUAGAAAAAUAUUUUUGUCUUAUCACACUUUUAUUUUUAAAAUUUGAAAAAAGCAUCAUUUCAGUACUUAAACAAAUCAUAAAGCAUAUCCUUUUUUUAACAAAAAAAAUUAAUUAUAUAUUUUAAUAAAUACUAGUUUAAAAAAAUCAUAAACUUGUCAUUUUUUUCUUUUUUCUAAUAUUAAAUGUAAUUGACUACAUUAAUAGUAACAUACAGAAAGUUUAAAAAAACAUUAGUCAAUGUCAAGGACUUACGGUCUCUUUGGUAAUGCUAACUGUACACUCAACAAAAUGUUUAUACAAAUUUACAAAGUCACUCAUGGCUUGUAAACAAUUUUCAUAAUGAAUUAUUUAAUUCAAAAUAUCCUUGCUUCAUUAAUGAAUUAUUUUUAAUUGACACAGAUAAUAACAUAAACAUGUCAGUACAAACACCUAGUGCUAGUGCUAAUGAAAUGACUGCAAGAUUAGAGUCAUCACCUUCUUCCCAAAGUAAGUAGUAAUUAAACUGAGACUUGAUUAGUUCCGAAUGUGUUUAGUAGUACUCAGUCUUAAUACAUUAAGUAAAGAAUUUCUUAAAAUUGUUUUCCUUUGUUUUUGUGAUUAGGUAGAAAUCACGAAAUGGAAGAAGGAUAUUGCAAACUCAUAAAAAAUGACAGAAGGAAGUGCAGGAAAUGAGUGAAUUUUCAUACUAUUUUUUAAAAAAAAAUCUUUAUUUGCAUAAUUUUUUUAGUAUGAGUUUUUUCCCCCAAGUUUCAAAAUCUGAUUUUUUAGUACAAAAUAUAAAAUGUGAUCACUGGAAAAUACAUUUCAAAUGUUUUAAUUAUUAUAAGUUAAGAUUUCUCGUUUUGUAAGACAGGCUGGUUAUCUUGGGGGUAGCACAUAAUAGGCAUACACUUUUGGGAGUGAUAACUGAUUGCUAUUGCUGAAUUCUAGUUCCUUAGGCCUUAUGAUCAGAGAGAUAUAACUAGUAACUCAUUGGAUCCCAUUUAAUAUUUUUCUUGCAUUGUUUGAUAAUGUUGAUUUUAACAGAAAUCUGCUGACUCAUAGAAAUAAUAGUUUUAACAAAAUAUUGGCAAAUUGAAAUCUUGCGUUCAACUUGAACCAAGUUUGCAAUUUUUACUUUUUAUUAGGCCAGCCUCGAACAGAGCUUUUGAUUUAGCUGAAAUAUAAUUUAGAGAUGAGUUCUUUUUUCUUUGAACAUAACAUUAAAAUAUAAAAUACAAUUGACCUUUACAUUUUGAAAGAGUCACAUGCUUUGUGACAUAUUGUUUGAAUGAGAAUCUGCCCCCUAACUUUUUAUUUUCAGCAACUGAUGUUAAACUAAACCAGAAGAAGAUAAAAAAAAACCAUUAACGCAGUACAUUUUUUCAAGCAAGAAAAAUAAGUAUUUUAACUUAUUGCUAGAUACUGCUUACCUUACCUUUUUUUAAUACUUUGAAUCUUUAUUUUUUUAACAGUUCAGCAGCCUCUUAGUCACAGCAGUAGUGUCAUUUCCAUAAGGUCUGAAAUUCCCUCAAACUGCCUUGUACGAAGAUUACCACGACGAAUCAUCCAGCUCGUAGCGGGCCACUUGCAGGUCAGACUCCUGCAUGGAACUUGGAAGGACUUGGUAGAGCUUCAUGACUGGAACUAUGAGAGAACAUUUCUCUUCGAAAGCCAACCCCAUAACGAAGGCAUCUUUUUUUCACUACUCAGAGAACCUGAGUUUCAGAACUAUACACUAGAAAAUCUGAGGCAAGAUUUGAUCGAUAUACCAAGGAAAGACGUUCUUCAUGACUUAAAUGAAAUGAUAAAUAACCACAAUGAAGCUGCAACAAGAGGAAGCUCUAACCAAUAGCUUAUGAUCAGAUUGAUUAAGGCCAAGUUUUAUCCUAUACAUUGUCCAUCUGUCAAAAUUCUUUGGUGCCUAAUAUGAGUGGCGUGUAUCAUGACCACUUCCAGCGUUUGGAGAAUUUUAAUACCAGCUUUUAUACAUAUUUCAAAGAUGAAUGGGUUUUUUUUUUUUUUAGUUGUUUUUUUUUCAAAUGGCAGGUAUAAAAAGCGGUCCUUUGUGUGGAAUUGGAAAUGCUUACAAUUAUAAAACUUGAGUGAUGUGAUAUCAGGCAUUAAAAAAAAUAUUUUUCCAAGUACAACACAACCUAUCGGCAACAUAACAAAUAGUUAACCCCAGUGGUGUAGCUUGGAGGGGGCUGGUGGACCGCACUGGGUGACACCAUCUCAGGGGUGACACCAAAUUGAAAAAUUGCAUAUUUACAGAACACACACUGCUCAGUCUAACCAAAUUUCAUAAAAGGAUAACUGAUCACAUGUAAAUUUACCACACAUGUAAAUGUAACCAAUCCAAAUGCGUGCUUUAUUAAAUGUUCAAGGUUGAUGCGUGAGAAAUGAGGUGACCCUAUACUUCCGGCAUCCUUCCGUCUCGUGAGACGAUGGUGCAUCACCGUUGGUUUGGGUUGCAUUUUCUCGAGUGGCUGUGCAGUCCUAUCCUUGAGUGACAGUCUUUACCACAG